UUCAUCUCUGAAUCUGAUUCCACAUCUUAAACCCUUUUCUCUAAACAUCGAUUUUGGUUUCUUUUCGCACAAUCCGCAGAGAUUUCUUCUUUUCAGAAAAAGUUAGAGGCUGGUGAAGAAGAAGAUUUGAUUGAUCGGCGAUAAUGGCGGGUCGGAACAUAGAGAAGAUGGCAUCUAUUGAUGCUCAGCUUCGGCAACUCGUUCCUGCUAAAAUUUUAGGCAAAUUGAUAAAUGAUCUUGUGCACAGGUUCAAGAGCUAUGAGCUUUCUGCUGAGUAUGAAGGGAAGCGUGAGCCUAAGAAGCUUGAGGAACUAGGGAGUGUCCUAACGAGUUUGGAUCCUGGUGACUCCAUUGUUAUCUCCAAGGCUUUCUCUCACAUGCUUAACUUAGCCAACUUGGCUGAGGAGGUUCAGAUUGCUCACCGCCGCAGGAUCAAGAAGUUGAAGAAGGGUGAUUUCGUUGAUGAGAGUUCUGCAACUACUGAAUCCGAUAUCGAAGAGACUUUUAAGAGACUUGUUUCGGAUCUUGGUAAGUCUCCUGAAGAGAUCUUUGAUGCCUUGAAGAAUCAGACUGUGGAUUUGGUUUUGACUGCUCACCCUACUCAGUCUGUGCGUAGAUCAUUGCUUCAGAAGCAUGGGAGGAUAAGGGACUGUCUUGCUCAACUGCUCAACUCUAUGCAAAGGACAUUACUCCUGAUGACAAGCAGGAGCUUGAUGAGUCUCUGCAAAGAGAGCUGCAUUCCGAAAGAUGAGAUUAGAAGAACACCUCCAACCCCGCAAGAUGAAAUGAGAGCUGGAAUGAGUUAUUUCCACGAGACAAUCUGGAAAGGUGUCCCCAAGUUCUUGCGCCGUGUGGACACAGCUCUGAAAAACAUCGGGAUUGAUGAACGUAAUCCGAGGGUCACACCUGAGGUCACUAGAGAUGUGUGCUUGUUGGCUAGAAUGAUGGCUGCCAAUCUCUACUAUAACCAAAUCGAGAAUCUGAUGUUUGAGUUGUCUAUGUGGCGUUGCACUGAUGAGUUCCGUGUCCGGGCGGAUGAACUCCACAGGAACUCAAGGAAAGAUGCUGCAAAACAUUACAUAGAAUUUUGGAAGACAAUUCCUCCAACUGAGCCAUACCGUGUGAUUCUUGAAGCUACUUUCACCAAUGUGGAACAGUUCUUGGAGCCUCUUGAGCUCUGUUACCGAUCACUAUGUUCAUGUGGUGACCGCCCAAUAGCUGAUGGAAGCCUUCUUGAUUUCCUGAGGCAAGUAUCUACCUUUGGACUCUCCCUUGUGAGACUUGACAUCAGGCAAGAGUCUGAACGCCACACAGAUGUCUUGGAUGCUAUACCAAGCACUUGGACAUCGGUUCCUUCCUAUAGAGACUGGUCUGAAGAAGGCCGACAGGAAUGGCUUCUGGCUGAACUAAGCGGCAAGCGUCCACUUUUCGGACCUGAUCUUCCCAAAACCGAAGAAAUUUCUGAUGUCCUGGACAUUCAAAACUGGUACAAAAACCGUAUUAACGGUAAACAAGAGGUUAUGAUCGGUUACUCAGAUUCAGGGAAAGAUGCUGGGCGUCUCUCAGCUGCUUGGGAGCUAUACAAAGCUCAAGAAGAGCUUGUGAAGCGUUUCACAGCAGCUACUUUAGAGCACGGAAUGAACCCUCCGAUUUCACCAAAACCCGAGUGGCGUGCUUUGCUUGAUGAAAUGGCGGUUGUGCAACUGAGGAAUACCGAUCUGUCGUUUUCCAAGAACCUCGAUUUGUCGAGUACUUCCGCCUCGCUACUCCGGAGCUGGAGUUUCGGAGCAGCUUUUAGGUAUGCGAUCAAGAAGGAUGUGAGAAACCUCCACAUGCUGCAAGAUAUGUAUAACAAUGGCCCUUUUUCCGAGUCACCAUCGAUAAUUGAAAUGGUGUUCGCCAAGGGAGACCCCGGGAUGCUGCUUUGUACGACAAACUUCUUGUCUCUGAAGAUUUAUGGGCUUUUGGAGAAAACAGAGCCAACUUUGAUGAAACAAGAACCUGUCCUCCAGACUGCUGGACAUAAAGACCUUCUUGAAGGAGAUCCUUACUUGAAACAGAGACUAAGGCUACGUGACUCUUACAUUACGACCCUCAACGUUUGCCAAGCCUACACAUUGAAGAGGAUCCGUGAUACAAACUACAAUGUGACUCUGCGACCACACAUUUCCAAAGAGAUCAUGCAAUCAAGCAAAUCAGCACAAGAGCUCGUCAAGCUUAACCCCACGAGUGAAUACGCGCCUGGACUUGAGGACACACUUAUCUUAACCAUGAAGGGUAUUGCCGCAGGAUUGCAAAACACCGGUUAAGCAUGUUAAUAGAACUAUGCCGUUAAGAAGGGAGGUGCGUUGAGGAAACAACGAUUUUUUGUUUAGCUGUUUACGACACACGGCUCACAUUUGGUCUGCAUGUAUUAUAGUGUCAGUUCUCACUGUAACACUGCUUAAGACUUAAACCACACGAGUGUGUUAAUCAAAGAGACAAAGAAUU